AUGGUCAUUAUUCAAGCCACAACUGAUCGAGUGUUCCGUAUGGUGAACCCACAACUGCCUAACAGUGGCCGACAGUUAAGACACCGGCCAGUCAUCCUAUGGCACGGAGUGGCCGUCACAUCCGACUCGUGGCUAUUCUCGACAGAGGGCUCUAUCGACAGUAGAGGUGUUUACAGAGAAAACAACGACGUGUUCAACGACUGCGAGCGUACGGUGACGUCGACACUGGCCUACACACUGUCGGCCUGUGGCUACGAUGUGUGGUUGCCCAACACCAGGGGCACUCACUAUAGAACGGCACAAAUGUUUGCCUUACUAUCACUGGUACCCGAUUUUGAGCGCUUUAUUAGGCCAUACAUAGCGCUGGCCCCUAUAGCCUACCUGGGUAACAUCGAGAGCAUCGGUCGAUUAGGCGUACCAUUGGAGCCAAUAUUAAAGUAUGGCCAGUCACAGCCGCCCAGUUACCCCUUAUGCAACAUAACCUCCAGAAAUAUCGCUCUGUUUCGGGGUUUAAAUGAUUUGUUGGCCGAUACUAUGGACGUGAGUCUAUUGGUGCAGGAUUUAACGGUGCCUUUAUUAGAUAAUUAUAUUGUCCCGGAUCCAAAGUGGAAUCACCAGGACUUCCAGUUGGGUGUUAAUCAAGGGUACAUAUCGCGCGGUUUUAACUACUGGAGCAAACAGGGUAUACCGGGGCCCACACCACUGCCUAUUGUAGGCAAUUAUUUUAACUCGUUUUUCAUGGCACACCACAAUAGGGAAGUCCAUUUGCAUAAGAAAUACGGAAAAAUCUACGGGUAA